CACAUAGAGAAGCCCGGUGGAUUUUUCUUAGAAUUUACUCUUGGAGCAAUGGAGCAUAGAUAGUAGAGUGAAUUACAUAAUGGCAUAAAUGAAAUAAUGGUGAUAAUUAGUAACCCCACCCACUUGAAUACAAUCGAUAAACAAAUGGCUACAAGUUUUCUAUUACUUGUAUCAGCUCUGGUACCUCUUUUGACUCUACAAGCUUUAGCAGACAGAAUAGAUGCUUUCCAACGCUGUCUGGCUGAUACUGACCUCCCGUCCAUCAACACAAGCAAGCCUACGUGCAGUGAUCACCUCCUUGAGAUUGUUGCAGAGUAUGAUAGCAAGUCUCCUUGCGGCCAGUUGAAAAGAUUUGCUGCUUAUAUUGAGCUCCAUGACGUUCCUUAUGAGGAACUCUCCUCACUGACUUUAAGCCCUGCUGGUGAUGGUGAUGGUGGUGAUGAGGAUUCCCAAUCAACAUUGAAGGAAAUUGCUUAUCAUUGUUAUUAUGAUAUUGAUGACAGGCUUUGUUCCGACUAUAACUUUUGCAUCGAUUCUUCGUCACUUCCAGUCCUGUACACCAGAGAUGCUUGCUUGAUGGAAUCCUCUGUUCUCAUUGCAGGCGAAAGUUUCAACGAAAAGAUAUACACAUAUCAAAUGGCAGUGGCAGUCAUCAUUGAGUCUAAUUAUGCGGAUAAAUAUAACCCAGCAAUCACACAGCAUUACAUGCACACGUGUAUGGAGCACUACAAUGAUAUUGAGAUCUGCUUGUUUGAAAUCUUUCAUCACUGCUUUACAUUGGAGGAUGUCUACUAUUACACUCCUUACUGGUGCUAUUAUGACGUACUCACUAUGAUGUGUAGCCAGUUUAAAGGUGAUGAACAGCUUCUCUGUGAAGUGGUUUUGGAAGCUAGAUGGGAACUGAGUCUAGUUAGCGAAUGCACUAAUGAGAACAAUAAAGGAAAAUGCGAGGACAUUAUCACGGGGAUUGUUGACACCAAGCCAAUAUCUCAGAUAAAUUCCAGUGAUAUUGAUCAAAUGAAAGCCGUCCUUUCUGCUAACUCUCGUCAACUCAACUAUACAAAUGAAACGCUGACACAGCUGAGUAGGAUUGUCGAGUACUUCAGUUUGAAUCAAUCUGCUGUGUCAAUGAUUAUUGACAAGCAAGAUGCUAACACAUUUUUGUCCGUUAUCAGUGGCCUUGCCAGCGAAAAUGGAACCAGAUCACUGAUGGAGAGCAGCUCAAACAAUUCUGGUUCAAUGCUACUGCAUAAUUUAGAGGAAAUGUCAAAGCUAAUUGGUGUAGCUGUUAUCAAUGGAAAUGAUAUAAUAGAUGGACGAUACUCCUAUAAUGACAAUAAUAUUGGAGUGUUCUUAUCCCUUGCAUCAAGUACUUCAAACUAUACAUCAGGAGAGCUAAAACUUAACAAAACUGACACAAACUCUUCUAACAUGACUGCCUCAAUCCUCAUACCACCUGCUAGUAUAUGUAACUCUGAUACUGUGGAUGACUAUGGUUUGGAAGAGGAAGAGGAAUACGAUGGCAGUGGAGAGGAUUAUUAUUAUUACUAUUAUGAUGAGCUGUGUCCUAAAGGAGUCCUCAAUUGCACUCAGGACAUUAAUGGCUAUGAGUAUGUCUAUUACAAUUUAUAUGAACUAUUUGGUGAUUGUUCCAGAAAGCUAAAAGUUCCCCGCAGUUGUCCGGUUGUAAUUACUACAUCAAUAGCUGAUAGUGUUUCAUCUUUGCUCUCUGCCAGCCUUCCAGAAAACAUGACGAUUGCUAGUCUUGUGUUGUCGAGUCAAAUUGUUACAAGAAGCGAGAACAAUUCUACUAAUGUUACUCAGUCUCUUAGAGAAAAUGCCAUGCUACAGUUUAAGCUAUUAAUGCCAAUGAAUCUUACAGAAUUUGUACCAAAAUGCUAUUAUUGGGACACUUUAGAAAAUGUAUGGUCUGAUGAUGGAAUUGAGACACUAGUGUUAUCCGAUCAAGAUGUAUUAUGUAAUACGAGUCACUUGACUAGUUUUGCUGUAUUAGUUGAUCAUCAAGGACUGAUAGAAUCAACUAACAUUCCAAGUGCAGAAAGGAAGGCACUAUCAAUUGUUGGAUACAUUGGUCCAGGUUUUUCUUUACUUUGUCUCAUCAUUGCACUUGUUAUAAUGAUCGCCUUAAGGAAAAGGAUGAAUACCAGUUUUCUGUACUGGAUUCAUCUUAACUUGUGCAUUUCAUUACUUCUGGCUUUGACAGUACUCUUAGUCGGCCUAGAAACAGCUCAUCAUUAUAACUGGCUGUGUUCAAUUGUUGCUGGUCUUCUUCAUUAUCUCUUCCUCUGUGUGUUUGCUUGGAUGCUUGCUGAAGGGAUCACACUAUUCAUAAUGGUUGUGUAUGUAUUUGGAAUAAAGUUUCUGAAGUGGCAAAUCUUUAUCCCUACAGCAUGGGGCAUUCCGCUAUUCAUUGUUGCAAUAUCCGCUGGGAUCAGGCAUGACCUAUAUGGAACUGAUAAUUAUUGUUGGCUCUCGUCUCAAAAGGGUCUUGUGUGGGCUUUCUUGGGGCCAGCCCUUACUGUAGCUGUUGUCAAUACAAUAUUCCUUGUUAUCACAAUGAUACAGAUAGUCAGAGUCACAUGGAAUAAGCUAGACAAUAAUAAAAUGUCAAAAUCUAAAAAUUUACAAACUGCAAAGUCAGCUAUAUUUGGGGCAAUCGUAUUGUUCCCUUUACUUGGUAUUACUUGGAUUAUUGGAGUGUUUGCUGUCAGUCAAAACACAACAGUUUUCCUGUGGCUUUUCACAAUUUGCAAUUCACUUCAGGGAGUUUUUAUUCUCAUAUUUCAUGUUUUCAAGCAUAGAGCAUUUUUGACACUGAUUGCAAGAAAAUGUCCAUGCAUGGAUAGAUUCAUCAACGUACACUCAAGUGUCGAGGCAUCUCGGAAACGCUCUACGUUCAGAUAUGAUAAUAGCAGGAAGAAGUCUUCUAAGUCUGGUGUGAACCUAUUAUCACUUUCUGACAAUCAAAGCAGCUACGAUACAGAACAUGUUAAGGAACUUGAUGCAAAUGAAGCAGCUAAAUUGCAGAACUUUAAGAUAGUAUUUGAUGAAAAGCUAAGUGCUGAUGGUGAGCACUGCUGCAUAGAAGCAGUUUUUUGUGGUCAAAGCAUUAGUAAAGAAACUAAAUUGGAAGGUAGUGAGGAUUUUGAAGGAAGACAAACUACAAGCUGAUAAAAUUGUUUCUGUAAAAAUAUUUAUUUUUCGCUACAUGAUCUAAUGUAUAAAUUAAUCAUAUACCUAUUAGAGAGUA